CCUGAAGCAGGGAGAAGACACUAUAUAAAAGGGACCCAGCAUACCCACCACUGAGCAACAGACCUGAGUACUUUGGCAAGUUUUCCUUUCUCUGUGCGCCAGGUCUAUCAACAACACCAAAUCAUGUCUUCCCAUCAGCAGAAGCAGCCCUGUACUCUACCUCCCCAGCAGCCCAAUGACUUCCAAACCAAGGAGCCUUGCCAUCCCAAGGUGCCAGAGCCAUGCUAUCCCAAGGUGCCAGAGCCAUGCCAUCCCAAGGUGCCAGAGCCUUGCCAUCCUAAGGUGCCAGAGCCUUGCCAUCCCAAGGUGCCAGAGCCUUGCCAUCCUAAGGUGCCAGAGCCUUGCCAUCCCAAGGUGCCAGAGCCUUGUUCAACCACUGUCACUUUACCUCCUGCUCAACAAAAAUGCCCACAGGUCCCCAAGACAAAGCAGAAGUAAGAUGGAUAAGGACUACACCUUCUGGGGAUCAACCUCUGCAUGUAGAACCUCCCUUAUAAUCAGCUUUCUAGUUUUAAUCGCUCAAGUUCUUUGUGUUGCCUGGGAAAGUUUUCCACUGGCGAUUUGCAGCCUGUAAUUCACACCUUCCAAUCAAUUAUCAAAGGCCCUGCCCUUCAUUUGGAUUUGUACAGAAAUGUGUCCCCACCCUGGGAUUCCUAAGCAUGUGAUCAGGCUGAAGCUACAUCUGCCUGAACUGGCUCUCUGGCUACUCAUCUGUUAGGGCUAGACUCAAGAUAAAUCUAGGAAGGUUUGAAUCCAAAAAGGAUAAAAUGCUUUCCUCACCCAUUAAACUUGCUUUCCAUGCUA